ACUAUAAAAUCGCCGUUUUGCUUACUAUUAUAACUUUCUUUUGCUUAAUCUGAUUGCUUUUAAUUAAUUUAGUGUGUUUCAGAUAAAUUAACAUUUUCGUGCAGUAAUUACCGCUUUUUACAGUGUCGGCGGUUUUUGCCUUAACCACGUGCUAACCUGCUUCGCUUUUGAUAACCACGCUGUGUUUUGCUUAUCUACGUUUAUUUAAACAAUCCGCUAUCAAAUUAGUGAAAUAUUUAGUGUACUUUUGUUAAUAAAUAUAUAGUGUUAUUUUUGUUAAUAAUUUUUGUAUUUUUUAUUGAAAUUGAACAAACAGAAACGAACCAAAGUCCCAGUAUCUUUUAUCUUAUAAGAUUUGAAGUUUUAUACAAAAUGGUCCCUCGAGCCGGAUUUUGGAUAGUUUCGUUCAAAUUUAUCGCUUAAUAAAAAAUACAAAAAUACUUUGAGUGAAUUUUGUGUAGUUCCGGUAAUCUAGUGCGCGUUUGGCAACUCCGACGCAUUGCUGAGUACCUAAAAGUGUACUGCGUUGGUGGAAAGUUAGAUUGGGACCCUUAGUGCGAAGAUCUACCUGUGUCAUUCGUGUGCGCGUCGUAAAAAAGUGAUUAUUGGAAUCAGGUCUCAACUCAAGGUCAUCGCACUACAUCUUCAUCGCAUCGAGUACACAAGAGGAUUCAUCUAAAUUAUUAUUACGAUGUCUGCCAAGUACCUACUGGUGUUCGAAACUCACAUGGGUGCCCUCAACUCCAUGGUCAAUGAAGUCGGAAACGGCGAGCACAAUCUGAUCCAGCCAAUUGACUGCGAAGUCAAGCUCGAGGUGCUUGAGUCUACGUGGAACAAGAUUGCCGACGCCAAUGACAAAUUGACCAGUUGCAAGGAUAUUGAUAUCACCCACAAUUACUUUAAAGAAGGUCGAUUCACCAAGGCCGUUAAUCGCUACGUAAUGGUUAAAUCUUCUCUCAAGCGCCGCAUCGCCGAAAUUGAACCUCGUGUGGUUCCUCUCUCGCCUCACAAUCGCACUGCAAAUGAGGCUACCGCCUUUCGUCCACAGUUGCCAACUAUUCAACCUCCAAAAUUCAAUGGAGAGCUUCUUGAAUGGCAAUCAUUCAAAAAUAAGUUCUCAUCCGUCGUCAACAAAGACGGUGUUAACGAGGUUGACAAGAUGCACUAUCUUCUCCAGAGCCUCCAAGGCACUGCAUACUCUCUCGUCGCUAAUGUGGAGAUAACAGACACUGCAUUCGCCACAGCCUGGCAAACUCUGACCACGAGGUAUGAGAACAAGCGAGUAUUGAUCACGGCUCAACUCAACAAACUGUUUACCAUACCCAAAAUGGCGUCGCGAGCCGCCAAAGAGGUUAACAACGUUAUCAACACCACUUCUGAGGUACUAAAUGCCCUGAGGGCUCUCGGAUCGCCAGUUGAUCACUGGGAUCACAUUAUUGUACAUUAUAUUACUCAGAAGCUGGAUCCUCAGACUCGAGAAGACUGGGAAAUCACGCUGGGAGCGGCUACAGAUUUCCCACCGUACGAUCGUAUCAAGAGCUUCCUGCUAGCUCGUGCACGAGCCCUUGAAGCCAUGGAAGGACGUCUUCCAGUCAAACCACGUGACCCUAAGGUCAACAAAAAGUCCGCGAGUGGUAGCAAACUCACCCACGGAUCUAAGACAUCAUCUGCACAUGUCCAUAUGACCAGUUCGACAUCGCAAAACGUCACUAUGGCCACUGGACCUCCUACAACAACUCAACCACCUCCUGGACAGAUCGCUGGAGCAUCUCCAAGACCACAACGUCCUUGUUCGUGCUGUGGUGAAGCACAUUUCAUCGUAUCGUGCCCAGCGUUCCAAAGAUUAUCGCCCAAAGAGCGUCAUCAGCUGGCUAUCUCCAAGUCGUUGUGCCCCAACUGUCUUGGACCUCAUUCGUUCGAGAAUUGUCGUAGCCAAAAACGCUGUCGGUUUUGCCAAGCAGCGCAUCAUUCCAUGCUACAUGAUUCUACGCUUCUCAGCUCAGCAUCAACUUCAUCUAACACAAUGAUGAAUUCUCAAUCUACUGCCUCUCAGCAGGUAGGUCAGAAUACGUCAUUCUGACUACCUGAUGCA